CGAAAUCAAACUGCUGGCAACUCAUUAUACCGGCGGCGUUCUAUUGUAUCUUCUGACAUUUUUUCGAAAAAAUUUCAAGAAUUUUGGUGACAGGAACACAGAAUUUUAGUAAAAAUGAACGGACUAGGAAAAACUGCUCAGCGACUAAUACAAACCUGUGUGCAAAGCACAACGAUAACGGGUGCUGUAGUAUCCCGUGCUCAAGUCCCCGUCAAACGUGAUUUCACCAGAGGAAUAUGGCACAUGAGCUGUUCGAAGAGGCUGGAUGGGUUCACAGCAUCGUCCACCCUUCUGCACAGCCACUCCAACACAUGCGGCUGCGGUUGCGGUCUGAAGGCGAUGCACACGAAAGAUACAGAAAUUGAAAUGGCUAAUCCCAAUCAAGUCAAAGUUAAGCCCCUUGCCAAUGAAAAACUAUUUAUAGGUGAGAGGGAACUAGUAGAAUUUCUGACCGAGGAGAUAGUAGCUGAACGCAAGGCUCAGAAGGUCAAGGUGCUGCCGUUGGAGCUGGAGGGCUUUGUCAUCUGCGGAGACGGUGCCGAGGUUGUGCUGUCCAAGAAACUGAAGGAUGAACUCAUCAAGAUAACAUUCAACGUGAACCACACGGUGGACUCCGACGAGCUGGAGGGCGAGGUGCAGCCCGAGAAGCAGGAGUUCGCGGAGAUGCGCUCGCGGCCGCAGUUUGAGGUGGACAUCGUGCGCGGAGACACGACUCUCGGCUUCACCUGCUCUUAUCUGCAAGAGCCGCCGGCAGCCAACGCCUCUGCUGAUGAGUACAACGACGUGUUCGGUAUUGACGAGCUGACCAUCUACAAGGGCGGGUGGAACGAUAAGGUGUAUGCUGUCGCUGGCGACGUGCUUGACGGGUACCUUUACGAUCUGCUGAUGAAUCUGCUUGAAGAGAAAGGCGUGAGCAACGAGUUUGUGACCAAGUUGUCGGACUUCAGCACGGCUUACGAGCAUAGUGCCUACAUCAACCUGCUCGAGACCGUCUCCCAAUUCACCAUCGGCAAGCAGAAGUAGACAGUUCCUCAGACCUAUGUUCAAAAGCAAUAAAAAUCCUGUCAAGCACCACAAAAAAACUGCCGCUCGUUAAACAUCGACUAUUGUGUUAGUAUUCAGUCACUUUGUGAAACAAAAAUUCACGAUUUAAGAUUUUAUCUCUCUGUAUCUUAUGUAUUCUAUGUUGAACUAAAUGUUCUUUUUGUUAAAUAGAUAAAAAUAGUCGAAUUGACGUAAGGCUGUAUGGUAGAGCUGUCAGAAAUAGUCCGCUCGUGAGUAAUGUGUUAAGUUUUUGGGCUGAAUUGUAGAAAUAUUCUUCUAUUUUAUGAAGAUUAAUAUUGAUAGUAUACUCGAAAAUAAAUAUUAAACUCACAGCGGGCCGCGACAGAACGUUAAUUUCAUACAUGCAACUGUCAUUGUUUUAAAUACAUACAAUUAUGAAAUGUAUGAAGUUGCAAGGAGUGAAGCAUUUAUGCUGUAGACAGCUUUAAAAUAGUUUAGUUGUGUCAUGGUGAUGUUUUGUUUAAUGUUAGUUAUAUUUUAGUUAUUUCUCAAUUAAAUUGUUCCAAUUUA